GGAUCAGCUACAAGUGCACUCGAUUUUUACCAGUGAACACUGAAACUCUUCGAAAUAGUGACAAGUGGAGACCCUUGAGAAACCGUGGAAGAAUGGCCUUGAAAUUGGCCGUAAUUAUUUGUGCCGUGGUGGCACAAGCUCUUGGAGCUCCAAAACCCUGCUACAGCAAUUGUGGUACAUCAGGUUCAACCUUCAGUCAUGAGACCAUGACUGGUGUAAGCACCCAUGGAAAUUUCAUGACUCAGCAGAAUGCCGCAUUUCAGCAGCUACACCAGAGCCUGAUGAAUCAACUCCAAGAAGCGCACCAUUUGGAUUACAGCCAGCCAGGAACGUGGCAUAAAAAUGCUGCUUACAAAACGGAGGAUGGUGGACAAGUUUACCAAGAGCAUGGUAAAGUUGAGACAGACAAUUCGCAGAUGCGCUACUUCAAGAAGAAUUAUACAAACUCAUGGGGAACUGGAAGUGGUGGCCUUGGCAAUGAUCUUCUCCAAGAACGAUUGACAGGAGAUCGAUUGUCAGGUGGUUCGAGCCACCAGGAGCAUCAUCAAAACUGGGAGAUCAACUCGAAUGGUCAUCACUCCCAGAAUAUCGAAGAUCUCAGUGUACACCAGGUACCAACCACUCAAGUAUCACAGACUGUACUCCGAAAUUUUGAGGACAUGGCGAGAAAUCUUGAGUCUUACAUCAGCCAGUGCACUGAACGCGUGCAGAUGGGACAGCUGAGUAAUUAUCAAUCAUACACUGAUGUUGUACAGCAGCACUUAGAUCAGAUGAAGCAAGCAGUUCGAGAUAAUGGAUUGUGGAAUAGAUUAAUUGGCCAGAUUAAUUCACUUGAGACUAAAUUGAAUGAAUUAAAAGUGCAGGCCCAGCAUUCUGCUAAUCUCGUGCAGAGCGGGACAAAAAGUCAUGGCACAGUAAUAUCAACUGCUCAUCAGUCUGGUCAUCAAUCUGCUCAUCAAUCUGCUCAUCAAUCCGGCCUUCCACAGGCUCCCGUUGGAGCAUCGAUUAAUCGUGAUGAGGAAUACCAGAGACGUGUAAGUGUUACAAGCAGUCAUCCCGCACAAGUUCAGAGCAUUCCUAGUAAUAACCAGUACGUUUCGGGCACAUCAGGCGGAUAUCAACAUUCGUAUCAAUAUGGGUCACAUGGUCAGAGUGGUUACGCAAGUGGUAAUCAAGAUGUGUCGAGUGGUACCAGUCAACAUGCUGAUUACACCCAGCAUUCUGGUUAUGGUCAGCAUGGUGGACGAUAUACACAACACUCAGCAGGAGGAUAUACUCAUGACAAUGCUAGGUAUGAUCAGGGCAGUACGGGAUAUCACCAGGGUAGUGCUGGAUACGGUCAACAUGAUGCUAGAUACAAUCAGCAUAAUGCAGGAUAUAAUCAGUUGGGCUCUGGGUACAAUCAGCACAGCGAACAAGUCUAUCCUGUUCACACAUCUCCAACGAAAACAGUUGAAGAGAACUGGAAUUCGUCAGGCAGUCGUAAAGAAACUACUUAUGGCACUAGUCAUGUUUUAGAACCUAUUCGUAGCGUGGGUGGGCGCUGCCGAGGUGCUGAUGGACAGUACAGCACCUGGUGUCCGUCGAACAGCGGUCAAGUUGAGAGUAUUAAUUAUGGAGGUCAAGGAUCGGGUUGCCAUGGCGCAGCUUAUGGAACGCUUUGUAAAAGGUAUAAGAGGGAGAUUAAGGAUGAUUUGACACAACAGACUGAGGAUUUGACACAACAGACUGAGGAUUUGACACAACAGACUGAGGAUUUGACACAACAGACUGGGGAUUUGACACAACAAACUGAGGAUUUGACUCAACAAACUCGAGAUUUGACGCAACAAAGUGAGGAUCUCGGUCAGCACGCUGGUGGUUUACAAGUGGGUAAUCAGAAUAGGAAUCGAGAGGGGUACCGUCGAAAUGGUCAGGAUGGUAUAAAUUUUAAUCAACAGUCAGGUGGUAUUGAAUUUGGAGGUCAAGAGAGACAGCGUCAGGAUAGAAAUAACCAUCGGGGACAUGGUGUUCAUGGGCAUGAGCAGCAUGGGCACAAUGAUGGAGAUCAGGAUUAUACACAGCAGACUCAAGGACCUGGGGAUUUUUCACAACAAUAUCCACAUGGUCAUGGACAUCGAGGACAUGGUACACAUGGGCAUGAACAGCAUGGGCACAAUGAUGGAGAUCAGGAUUAUACACAGCAGACUCAAGGACCUGGGGAUUUUUCACAACAAUAUCCACAUGGUCAUGGACAUCGGGGACAUGGUACACAUGGGCAUGAACAGCAUGGGCAUAAUGAUGGAGAUUUUAAUUCCAAUCAACAAGGCCAAUUGAAUUAUUCUCAACAGGAUUUUGGAGGAAAUUGGCAAUUGGGACAGCAACGACAACAGGUUCAACAGACAGGAGGUAUCGACUUUGGUCAACAAACAGAAGAUUUGAGCCGGCAAACAGGGAACCUCAAUAUUGGGAAUCAGCAAAGCGAUUUAAGUCAACAGACUCAAUCCUUCGACGACUGGACUCAACAAACAACUGGAAAUCUCGGCUUUGGCCAGCAACAAAGUGGAAGCCUUCAAGAAGGAAAUUCUGGCGGUUAUGGAGACUACAAUCAACACACUCACUCCUUCGGUGAAUUGAAUCAACAAACAACUGGAGAUUUUGGGUUUGGACGGCAAGAAACAGGAAACCUCGAAUUUGGGAAUCAACGUGGGAAUUCUGGUCAGUACAGAGACUUUGGACAACAAACAAGCGGAAGUCUUGACUUUGGCCAGCAAACCGAAGACUUGAGUCAACAGACUCAGUCAUUCGGGGAUUUCGGUCAGCAAACAACCGGAAACCUUGGCUUCGGUCAGCAAACCGAAGAUUUGAGUCAACAGACUCAAUCAUUCGGCGGCUUGACUCAGCAAACAAGCGGAAGUCUUGACUUUGGCCAGCAAACCGAAGACUUGAGUCAACAGACUCAGUCAUUCGGGGAUUUCGGUCAGCAAACAACCGGAAACCUUGGCUUCGGUCAACAAACCGAAGACUUGAGUCAGCAGACUCAAUCAUUCGGAGAUUUCGAUCAGCAAACAACCGGAAACCAUGGCUUCGGUCAACAAACCGAAGACUUGAGUCAACAGACUCAAUCAUUCGGCGAUUUCACCCAACAAACAACCGGAGAUUCUGACUGGGAGCCAUCGCAAAAGGGUAAACUCGAGUUGGGUGACCAGCAUCAAGAUUGGGAUCAACAAAUUCAAUCAUUUCCUGGUUCAACCCAACAAUCGGGUACAUUGGAACUCGGCAACGAGCGUCCAGCGCCCAAGCCACCAGCAAGGGGUCGAAUCAGGAAUGGAGGUCCUACCCCCGCUGCUCAAGACACUCCACUAACUCCAGUUAAAGGUGGGGCAAAACGCCCAGCUCAACAGAAUACCUAUCCUCAAUCAUCUCAAAACCCUGACCCUCUCCGCGUGAUUCCGAUAGAAGAUCAAUUUCACCAGAGCACCCAGUGGCACAACUCGCAUCAACCCGGUGAUUUGACAAACGAAAAUUACCAACAGGGACCCCUCGAGGGCUCUCAAAAAUCACAAUCCCCACGAAAUGAACAACAAAACUCGACAGAUACUGAAAUACUGUUUCAGCCUCGUAUUCUAGAGGCUUAUGGUGGCAAUGGCCCCUACGACGUCAACCACAAUGACAAUAUAUUCGCUGGGGUCAAACCCAAUCCAACAGCAACACUCUCACCAAUGUCUGACUCUUGGGAUAUUCAAGAAAAACCUAAUGAACUAGCUCGCAGAAAUAAUAAUUAUCCCACAUUUGCAGGAGCACCUGAUCGAACACCGGGAAAUGAUUGGGAAGAGACGACACCCGCAACAACGACUGCUGCCCCUGGAUUUUGGAAACGAGUUGGAAAUAAAAUCGCGACGACAUACGAAAAAACGAAAGAAAAGAUAUCCGAUACUUUUGGUUAAUUCAUUUUUCGAUUGAGCAGUUAACUUUAAACGUAAUAAUAUUUUCUUUAUCGCUUUGAUACGGCAUGAUAUAAGUAUUAUAAAAUAUAUUUAAAUGUCAUGAUACUGCACCGAACCGGUGAAAAAGUUGUCUGUACGAUUUUUUUGUAUCAAACAAGAAUCAAAGCGCACGCAUCCUGUUAGGAACUAUCCCUUAAGAUUUAGUCAUACCGGCCUUUCUCAUAUACAUUUGUGCAAUUUACAAUUCAAUUGAUUAAACAUUUUUUUUUGUCUUC